GCAAGUUCAUAAACUUAUUGGAGACCAAAGUACAGAUCCAAUUGCAUUCUUCUCUCCCAGCAGCUCCAUCACCCUUGGAUCCUUUAACAAUGUCAUGGAAGAGCAGCUAUCUACUGCAAGUGUGCAGGCUUCUGCUUUUAGUGAUCUUAUUUUUGCCAUGUGAAGUGACAAGUUCUGUUCUAACUGUGAAUGGUAAAACAGAGAACUCUAUUCUGGACAUUCAACGUGGCCUCCAGGCAUCUCUGGAAUGUGCUGUUCGAAAUCACACCAGGGAUGAAGAAUUGCUGUGGUUCCGAGAAAAUGGGAGAGUAGAUUUGAAACCUGGAAACAAUAUCAACAUCAGCUCCGUCUGUGUCUCUCCCAUUAGUGAAAAGGACAACGGAGUCAACUUUACCUGCAAGCUGCAGAGGAAUCAGACCAUGUCUGUCUCAGUGGUGCUGAAUGUCACUUUUCCUCCUCUCCUGAGUGGAAACAACUUUCAAACAGUUGAGGAAGGCAAAGAUGUCAAGUUGGUUUGCGAGGUGAAAUCUAAUCCUCAGGCUCAAAUGAUGUGGUACAAAAACAAUAAUGUCCUGACUUUAGAGGACAAUCGUCACCAAAUCCAACAGACAAGUGAGUCUUUCCAGCUGUCCAUCACCAAAGUCAAGAAAUCAGACAAUGGAACCUACAACUGUGUUGCAAAUUCAUCCAUGAAAAUGGAGACCCUGGACUUUCACCUGGUUGUUGAAGAUAAAAGAGUGGCCUUUCCAGCAGAACCCAUUAUUGCUGCAUGUGUGGUGGUCUUUCUGACAUUGUGCUUUGCAGUACUUGCUAGAAGGAAAAAAAUAAUGAAGCUCUGCAUAAAGAAGAGAGACCCUCACACAGACACAGCUUUAUGAGAAAGCUGGGAUGCCAGCUAAUCUAACAAGAGUUUUGGAGCAGGACAGCUUCAAUUUAUGUAGUCCCAUCUGUAUUUAUUGCUAUUAUUACAUUCUUCCUCCUCCCCCACCCCUGUUAAAUUGUCAGAGCUUGUAAAGAAAUGCUUCUUUAAUCACCAAGCAGUAGUUCUUAUGACUCAUUUGAUAUGCUUAUGGAACCAUUUUAGAGACGGAGUUGUUUAGAACAAAAGUGAGAUUUUUGUUAAAUCUUCUUCUAGACGUAUAGGUUAGUUAAUUGACAUUUGUUCCAAAUAGAUUGGUAACCAUUUGUUAUUUGAUUUUUUUUUUCCUCCCUGAGAAAGAGAUUAGCAGACAUUUGGGUCUCAUAAAUCAAUGUGUUAAAUGAAUGAAUGAAAAAAUAAAUAAA